CCGCCCCAGCUGCCUACUCAUAUUUAGUCUCUUAGCUUCAUCUUCCAGACACUGACAGCAGCUGGACGCGCCCAAGGGAGGUGGAGAAGAGCCAAAGCACCGCAAUGGGGUCCCACCUUCUGUUCCAAGCCUGUGUCCUUCUGGGGGCACUCACGUUCUCCUCGAAAGGUGCCUUGGCCCUGGAGUGCCACAGCUGUGUGGACAUCGGCAAUGGUGGCUGCAGCCCAGAACAUAUGAAGAAGAUGAAAUGCCCAGAAUCCACCAAGGUCUGUGUGGAAACGGUAGCUGCCGUGCAAUGGAGUCACGGGAAUUUCCUGAUUGGCGAAAAGGGCUGCGGCCUGGGCAUGCCUGGGCAAAACGACAAAGCGGUUGAGCUGCACGGCAUCAUCGCCUUCUCCCAGCUGUAUCAGUGCAACAGCAGCCGCUGUAACAAUAAACUGGACCUCAGAGCUAUGCAGCUGCAAGCCACUGGUAAUGAGAGCGCCAUGGUCCCGAACGGGGUGGAAUGUUACAGCUGCAGCGGCGAUGAGUGUUCAAACGACAACGCUACCAUUGUCAAGUGCUACGACGCUUUCCGGGGUUGCUUCCACGGCAACAUCACUAUGCGCGCUGGCCAGUUCUCAUUGACCAGACCCAUCAAGGGUUGUGUUCAGGAUGAGGAGUGUACCAAGGUCACAAGAGGCAGCCCGGCCAUCACGCUUGUGGGUUCUUGUUGCUCUGGUAGCCUUUGCAAUGUCGAUCUCUCCAACAAAACUUACUUCGCACCCAAGAUUCCACAACUUGCCAUCCUGCCCGAUCAAAGCGACAAUGUCACCACCGGAGAAACUACCACUGGGUACAUGCAGGACAGUUUGCCAGCUCCUACUGCUGCCAACACGGAAGCCCCCUCCCUCUCUGUGACCCCACCACUGCACAAUCAUGAGGACCAUGACCACGACCAUAACCACGACCACACCUACAACCAUGACAUCGAUGAUAAAGAAACGUUCUCUGUGGGAAAUGAGUAUUUUCUCACUGCUGUAAAAGUCGAGGAGCGAAAGCACCAAGAACAAGUGCCAUAUAACAGUGGUGUGAGAGGCUUAGGGGGGGCGUUUUUGCUGAUGGUGCUGCUAGCUGGGUUGCUUAUGUGA